UCUGACUGUCAGUUGUUGUGAUGACCCCAUUUGUUUUGUUUUGUCGAAAUUGUUUGAUAAAAUUAAAUUUUAUCUAGUUGUAUUGCAAAAAGGCAAAAAAGCUAUUGCAUAUUCUCGUAAGAGAAAAAAUAUAUCAAAUGGUAUAACACAAGAAAUUAACAAGAACUCCACAAAUCCAAAGGUACAAAAAUAACAAAAAGCAGCUGUUCACAAAGUUAUACUACUGAGUUAAACAUGUGUGACAUGUUACAGACAGUAAAAGAUGAGCUGAGGGAUAUAGAAAAUGAGUGCUUUAAUUCUGGUGUCCAGGAUGAGCUUUAUGAGUCUAAACCUUCCUUACUAACAUUGCCAGUUGAAGUGUUUCUAAAAAUAUGCUCUUUCCUGGAUGGAGAUUAUAUUAGCAAAACUUUGAGGAAUGUGUGCACCAGGUUUGAAGAUAUAUUUGCUGACGAGGAGCUGUGGAAGUACUGGGCCAGCAGCAGAAUGAAGUACCCGUUCCCCCCUUUGCCCAAUUUAAAAAUAUGGGAGGAGAAGGAACCAAAUUGGGAGGAUGUGUUCGUUGACAUUGACAAGGAAUCUAAAAGAUGGGUCAAUGCUGAGGAAACCAUGCGACAUGUUGUCAUCAAAGAUGUUCAUUUUGCAUCAGUUGAUACUGUGUUAUUAGUUCGUAACGGCGAAGUGUGUAUAUCAGGCGGACGAGACCGCGGCCUAGCGCUGUGGGACGUGAUGUCAGUGAGUCCGCAAGAGCAGAGCCAGGGCUGCCCCGCGACCACGGUGACCACCAGCAAGCCGCACGUCAUGCGCUACGACGCGCACGCCGGCUGGGUGUGGGACCUCGCCGCUGACAACCCUGACGACGCCGGCGUGGUGUACUCCGCCUCCUGGGACAACACGGUGAAGGCGUGGGACCUGGCCACCGGACUCACUUGCGUUGAAACAUUCAAAUGCGGUAUGUCUGCGUUGUCAGUGGCGACGAGUGAUAAUAUUGUCAUGGCUGGAUUGUACUCGAAAAACAUACUGGGGUUUGAUAUUAGGGCCGGUCCCAACCCCAUCACUUCGUACAAGACGCACAAAGGGCCGGUUCUCGCUUUAAACCACUUUGAGAAUAAAAUAGCCUCAGUCAGUGAAGACAGGACCUUGGCUGUGUACGACAGAGUGGCUGGGAAAGUUCUAGUCAGUGAUUUGAAAAUACCAAUGGAAAAAGCGUUUCCUGUUUGUAUUAGUUGGACUCCAACUGCCUUGUACAUUGGGGACUCUAAGGGGGGUCUGCAUCUAAUAGACCCAGAAGCAUUGAAAUAUGAAAGCACUCAUCACAUAUGGCCUAAAGAAGAGAAGGAACCAACAAAGCCCUGUAAAAUAACUGGAUGUAUACAAACAUUGGGAAAUUUGAUAUUGUGUUCUGACAAAGGAGAGAUUAAAUUCUUCCACAACUCAUAUCCACCAAGUGAAUUCGCCACAGUCAAAACUGCAACACUGGAUGUCACUCAGCUACGUUAUCAAAAUGAUGUGCUGGUUAUUGGCACCUGUGAUUCAGCUCUGGAGUUCUGGGUUCCCAAAGAGAAGUUUCCUGAUUUUUGAUGGUCUGAUUUACAUACACGAAUAAUGUGUAAAACUUUGCAUGUAGGUAUAUUAUGUACCACAUACGUGUAGGUACGGCAUUCUUAACUACAUUAACAUAAGAUUUAGCUAAAUUGGAUGUAUGAUGAAAUAGAUUUAUUAGAUUCCAUAUUUUUACCCAACGCCCAGGUCUAUCGCAUGACUGUAUGCUUGCAAUCUUCUUAUAUAUAUUUUUCGUUGUUUUGAAAGAACAUGCUCUCUUUUUUAAUCAUUUUAUUGUAUCAAAUGGUAUUGCAAAUUAUAGUGUAACCUUUGUUUAAUAUGAAAGUUACCGAUCUAAACACACAACGCACAUAACCAUCAUCCAGUAACUGUAAGCCACUGUAGAAUAUGGGUCUCUCCAAAAUACUGGAAGUCGGUAUUACUGGGCUUAUCUUCCUAGCAUGCCGGGAUCGGGGAAAAUACUCUAUCUAAAUGGAGACACAAAUUAUGUGUUGUAUGGAAAAUAAGCAGUAUCACAAGGUGCUUUGUAUUGUUUAUUGAAUGGAUCUCAUGUCAUGUGUAACGCAACAUAAAUAUGUUAUUUUUAAAACAUAGUAGGUUAAAAUUACUUACGUUUUUUUUUUCAAAGACAUUGUAACUUUGUAUAUGUUGUCCGUAACCAUAAUAUAACGUAUUUAAUUAAAAAUGCUUAAACUGUUCCCACAUGGGAAGUUAUUCAAUUUACAGCAUAGUGUGAGUUGUGAGUGUUGUGACCAACUUGGAUUCUACUCCGCGUGUGUAGAUUUUAAUGCUUUCUGAAGUAUUUUGUUUCCAAUGUCAUUCUUCCUACAACCUCCUAUAUCUAAUGUAAUGCAUAUUACAUUACCUACUUAUAAAUUAUUAUUACCAGUAAGACACGUACCUAAUACCUGUGUAUUUACUCAUUAAUUACGCCUGACUGAUAAAUAAUAUUAAUCGUAAUUGAUUGUUUUAUACUAACUGUGAUAUUUAAUAUAUGGCUAUCAAUUUAAUUAAAAACAAAAGGUGGUUAUGAUUUUUUACAAAUAAAAUAAGGGCUUUAUGGCUUUACACAUUUUAAUAAAUAAAUAUAAAAGUAAUUUA